CUGGACUUUCCCUAGGUUCAGCAAGGUAAUGAACCAUGAUUUUCUUCUGUGGGCUCACGGAGUAGGAAUUGGGAGUUCCUCUUUUAAGCAAGCUCUCAGGCUGAUGCAGGAUAGCAGUGUGCAGUAGCAGAGAUGGGGUUAAAAGGAGUUAUCUGAUCCUGUGAAGGGGACAAGUGCAGCUGGGUUAUGACGCAACCCUCAGAGCAAAGGCAGCCCAAUAACUAAAAUGCUUAGGAAAGAAAACAAAUACAGAGCAUGAAGGCUGCCUCCCCAGCAGAGCUGAAGCCAGACGUGAAGGAGUUCAUGUAAGGGAGUCCCUGCUGGCCUCCAGACACACUGAUGCCUGGGCUACGGAUGGGGACACAAUGUGGCUGGAAUUCUCUCUUCCGAAUCCUGGAUUCUGUUGACGAAGCUUGCCUUUGAGAUUCCUGAUGGAGAAAUAGAGAUAAAAACCCCAGAAGAGAGAGAAUAAAUGGUUCACAAUCUUGAUGGGUUUUGCCGUAUUUAUGUUCUUCCACUGUAUUAGAUACCAGUCACAAAGGACUUGGAGGCCAUAAACUGUGCUUUAAGUAACUAGCCUGCCUUUCUAUCCAGAUCUUUGCCUCCAGAGGUGAGAAGAUGAACAACUCCACCACCACAGACCCUGCAAACCAGCCCUGCUCCUGGAACACCCUGGUCACAAAGCAGAUCAUUCCCGUGUUGUACGGUAUGGUCUUCAUCACGGGGCUCCUCCUCAAUGGGAUAUCAGGAUGGAUAUUCUUUUAUGUGCCCAGCUCCAAGAGUUUUAUCAUCUAUCUCAAGAACAUAGUGGUGGCUGACUUUCUCAUGGGCCUGACGUUCCCUUUCAAAGUCCUUGGUGACUCAGGCCUCGGCCCCUGGCAGGUGAAUGUGUUUGUGUGCAGGGUCUCUGCCGUCAUCUUCUACGUUAACAUGUACGUCAGCAUCGUGUUCUUUGGGCUCAUCAGCUUUGACAGGUACUAUAAAAUUGUGAAGCCCCUUCUGACGUCUAUUGUGCAGUCGGUGAACUAUAGCAAGCUGCUGUCUGUGCUCGUGUGGGUGCUCAUGCUUCUCCUUGCUGUCCCAAACAUCAUCCUGACAAACCAGGGUGUCAAGGAGGUCACAAAGAUACAGUGCAUGGAGCUCAAAAACGAGCUGGGGCGGAAGUGGCACAAGGCGUCUAACUAUAUCUUCGUGAGCAUCUUCUGGGUCGUGUUUCUUCUGCUAAUCAUCUUCUACACGGCCAUCACGAGGAAGAUCUUCAAGUCUCACCUCAAGUCCAGGAAGAAUUCCACCUCCGUCAAAAGGAAGUCCAGCCGCAAUAUCUUCAGCAUCGUGCUCGUUUUUGUCGUCUGCUUUGUGCCUUACCACAUUGCCAGAAUCCCCUACACAAAGAGUCAGACGGAAGGUCACUACAGCUGCCGGGCGAAGGAGACCCUGCUCUAUGCGAAAGAAUUCACUCUGCUACUCUCGGCUGCCAAUGUGUGUCUGGACCCCAUUAUUUAUUUCUUCUUAUGCCAGCCAUUUAGAGAAGUCUUAAAUAAGAAGUUACACAUGUCACUCAAAGUCCAGAAUGACCUAGAGGCUUCCAAAACCAAAAGGGAAAAUGCGAUUCAUGAAAGCACAGAUACUUUGUAAAUUCCCAUCCCCUUUCAAGUAUUAUCAGUCUUGUUACAUGAUAAUUAAGAUACAUGAAUAAUAUGCACUUAUCAGUGAGUACAUAUCAUUUGAGUUCUUUUGCGAUUGGGUUACCUCACUCAGG